UUUAGUCGUUUCAAAUUUUGGGAGCGAUCAUUUUAACUCUAGUUGUUAUUUUCAGUAUUUUAACAGAGGACAGGACGAAAGCAAUCAUACAGAAUGGUGCUGUCUCUGUUGGUUGACAUUGACUUAUCUACAGUUACUGCUAGUCCCGCUUUAGGGAGGCUAGAAAUAGGCAACAGUGACACCGAAAGAGAAAAAAGUUGUGAUCUUUCCGGGCAAGAAAUAUCAACCGAAGAAAAUAAGGCUUCGUCCCGUGAAAUUCGGAUUUCAAUAACAAGUCCUGAUGAUAUUUACAGACAACUUUGGCAGGCGACUCAGAUCCACCCUGUUCUAAAUGUAGUGGAACUGAAGGUUCUUCCGAACGAGAUUGCCUCCAAGACCGGUAGGGCUUGGGUUCGAAGAGGAGGUAAAUUGAGUUAUGACUGUAAAUGGUCCCAAGAGAAAGGAGUUCGCAAGUGUGAGCCCAGAACUCUUUUAAACUCUCCGCGACAGGCGUCCAACAAUAAGCGGAGAAUUUUCCACGGAUUUCACGAAUAUGACAUUGACGUGGCCAUUGAAAAAAUAGAAAUGAGGGACGAUCUAAUUAUUGAAAUAGAACGCGAGUUUCGAAUCCUUCGAGAACUGGAUAUCCACGAAAAUUUCAUUCGCUAUUUCAGCUUCGAAACGGACGAAAGAACUGAUUUUGUGUACAUAGCAACAGAGCUUUGCCUGUGUUCGGUUGCUGACCUAUUCCAGCAAAAUAGCUCCGAAGAUGAUAAAUCUAAAGCGGAAGAGAUAUUAUCAUCCUUAUCGGCAAAAGGAAUCCUGUUCCAGGCGACAAGAGGACUUGACUACCUUCACCAAAAUCAUUUCGUCCACCGCAACGUCAAGCCAAGCAGUUUCCUUAUCAAGGAAAUUCAAUCAAGCAACAGUUCCAAUCGUUACGCAGUCAAAAUAACCGAUUUUCGACUCAGCCGACAGCUCGAUCAGGGAAAAGAUUUAUCUGGAACUGUCGCAUCGGAAGGCUGGGAAGCUCCUGAAAGUCGUCGUGAGAAGCAACCACUUCACCAAUCGCUCGACGUAUUCAUUCUCGGUUGCUUCUACCAUUACGUCUUGACUGGAACGGAUGACGGCGUCGAUUCCAGCCCAACUCAUCCGUUUGGCAAUACCGAAAUGGCGCGUCUCGUAAACAUCCCCAAUACCAAAAAUGAGGUUUAUCAAAAGACUUGGAUUCCAAAGGGCAUAAGUAAUAGAAAGGCUACUGAUCUAAUCAAGCGAAUGAUUAAAUUCAACGAAAAAGAUCGACCGACCCUGUCACAAAUCCUAGAAGAUGCUUAUUUUCAACCGGCGACAAAGGAGGUCUAUCCCAUAUACACGUACGAUAAGCCCGGCCUCUGCGUUAUUUUUAAUCAGGAGUUGUUCACAAAGCUAUCGCAUCGUGCAGGAACUGCACAGGAUUGGAAGCGACUCAGAUUUGUCUUCGAGAAAUUGGGUUUUCAAGUUGUGAUUCAUCAUAACUUAAUGUCAUUCGAUAUCCGAGGCGAAAUGAAAAAACUGGCAAACGAAGAUUUUUCAAAGUACGGCUGUCUGGUCGUUUGUCUCUUGUCGCACGGCAUCGAAAACGCCAUCGCCGGUGCGGAUGGUCUCUAUGUUAACGUAAACAAACUCAAGUACAAGUUCUCAUACAACAACUGUCCCAGCCUCUACGGGAAACCCAAAAUCUUUAUCGUCCAAGCUUGCCAGGGAGUGCUGGAACAAAACGAGAGAAACAUUGUACCGCUUACCCUCUUAUCACCAGAUAAAAGUACCAGUGAAAGCAAAGAAUCCAUAGUGCAACUAAGCACGUCUUCAGCAGCGAUUAAAUACAUGACGAAUUGUUUUCAUUCUCUAAAUUCUAAAGACGGUGCGCCUAACCGAAAUCCCCCGAUUAUGGAUUUCAUAACCAUCAAAUCAACAAUUCCAGGAUUCGUUUCUAUGCGAAAUGCUCAAACAGGUACAUAUUUUAUUCAAGCGCUAUGUCAGAAAAUGGAGGAAGAAUAUUUAAUCAACACGAAGGCCAGCUCAGAGAUGAAUGGCGAGAACAAAUGUGAUUUGGAGGAGAUUCUAAGAGGAGAAAAUGGUGUCCAGUCCAUUAUGAACAACAAAAUACAGAACAGAGAAUACAGACAAACUGUAUCCUGGGAAACUUAUCUAGGCAAAUAUGUCGUAUUUCGCAGUUGCAGCAACCAAGACAUACUUCCUUACCGUGAUGAGACAGACGUCGAUGAUGGAUCAAACGCCCACUGUUUGGCGGAAAAAUACAAUUUCUUUGUUAGCCCUACUGACGACCAUCACGAGUAAGAAGCAUUAUUGAAAGACCCCGUUCCCCAACCCAUCUCAUUCUGAGCCAAACUGAGAAAUAAUUAAAUGUUUUUAUUUGUUCAAUUCAAGCCCUAAUUUAGUCCACGAACAAAUUUAUAGCAAAACUUAUAUAGUAUGUAUAACUUCGGUUUGAAACCUUUUAAUGGCACAUCUUUCAUAAAAUUUCUUUUCUUUGUAACAUUCAGUUCAAACCCAUGGAAUACAAUGAAUCUUAAAAAAGUGAAA